AAAACCCUUUCCGAAACUGGAAUCGACUCGAGAAAAUAGAGGAUGACCCAUAGUAAGCAAGCGUCUGAGGGCCUCCACGACGAGUUGGUCGACUCGAAGACGCUCGAGGUGGCCGGGAUGAUCGGCGUGUUCGAUGAGAAUGGGAGCGAGAGGCCCGUUUGGUGGACUGGUCCGACACGGCAAAGUCUGUGUGAUCUUUAUCAGACACUUUUUGUGUGGUUAUUGUCAGGAUUACUUGGCCGCUUUGAAGGGUCUGGUCAGCCAACAACCCAUUGGAGAUAAGAAGAUCGUCGUGAUUGGAUGUGGCCAUUGGUCGGUCAUCAAAUCCUACAAAGAACUAUUAGGAGAAUGUCCCUUCGAUUUCUAUUCCGAUAACAGUACCAAUCUGUUCAACUCCUUAGGAAUGAUCUCCAAGUUCGAUGCCGGUAACCCAAAGACUCAAGGACAUUAUAUCACUCAGAGCUUCACGAAUACCGUCGUCAACUCACUAGUCAAUGGCUGGAAGAUGGGAACAGGUACAUUCCUUCGUAGUGGGAAGAUCGCCCAACUGGGUGGUGAUUUUGUCUUCGUCGACGGAAAUUGUGUGCUUGCUCAUAGGAUGAGAACUGCCAGGGAUCACUUGGAGCCUGAUGAACUCUUGGAACGAUUCGCCAAGCUUUCUUCUUGAUCAGAUCUCAUUCCUCCCUCCACUGUACCAACCAUCCAUGUACAUAAUUCCCAGUUUCCUGAUUCACCGAUCAUGUAUUAUAUCGUCUCUUUCGAGGGAAAGCACGUUUCGUCUGUUUCUUUUUUUUUUUUUCUUGCUUUUGGAUUUAUGAUUGCACUAUGGCUUGGCUUCUUGAAUGGAAACAACGAAAUCAAACAUGAAUCCGUUUUU